GAGAAGGAAAUUUAUACUGGAAAAGAGCCAGUGAAAGUAACAAAACUUCAUUGAGUAUUUGAAAAUUAUACUUGAGAAAACUUUAGAUUGUCACGUCUUUUUUUUUUCCUUCGGGUAACAUACCCAUCAUUCUCCGUUUGAGAUGAGACUUUCUAUACAGAGAAGUUUUACAAAUAUAAGAAAUGCGUAAAUACGUUCAGCUGAAAGUAAAUCUUUAUUUGUCAAAAAAUUUCUACUGUAGAGAAAUCUGGUGAAUGUGGGACAACUUCCAUUCAGAUGUCACACCUCAGUCAGCAGAGAAAUAGUAGUGGGGGUGGCCCCUUUGCCUGUAAGAUAUGCGGGAAAGUCUUCAAUCACAAAUCAAAUCUCACCGAGCAUGAGCAUUUUCAUAGCAGAGAGAAACCUUUCGAAUGUAACGAAUGUGGGAAAGCCUUCAGCCAAAAGCAGUAUGUUAUCAAACAUCAGAACACACAUACUGGAGAGAAGCUGUUUGAAUGUAAUCAGUGUGGAAAAUCCUUCAGCCAAAAGGAAAACCUGCUCACACAUCAGAAAAUUCACACCGGAGAGAAACCCUUUCAGUGUAAGGAUUGUGGGAAAGCCUUCAUUCAGAAGUCCAACCUCAUCAGACACCAGAGAACUCACACAGGAGAGAAGCCCUUUGUUUGUAAGGAGUGUGGGAAAACCUUCAGUGGCAAGUCCAACCUUACUGAGCAUGAGAAGAUUCAUAUUGGAGAGAAACCCUUUAAAUGUAAUGAAUGUGGAACAGCUUUUGGGCAGAAGAAGUAUCUCAUAAAACAUCAGAACAUUCACACUGGUGAGAAACCCUAUGAGUGUAAUGAGUGUGGAAAAGCCUUUUCUCAACGAACAUCACUUAUUGUACAUGUGAGAAUCCAUUCAGGGGAUAAGCCUUACGAAUGCAAUGUGUGUGGGAAAGCCUUCUCACAAAGUUCCUCUCUCACUGUUCAUGUGAGAAGCCACACAGGUGAGAAACCAUAUGGUUGCAAUGAGUGUGGGAAAGCUUUCUCUCAAUUUUCAACCCUUGCUCUACAUUUAAGAAUACACACCGGCAAGAAACCCUAUCAGUGUAGUGAGUGUGGGAAAGCUUUCAGCCAGAAGUCUCACCACAUCCGACACCAGAAAAUUCACACUCAUUAAAUGUCCUUUGAGUAUCUUGGCUAUCUUGGAAAAGAAUUACACACCUCACAGGAUGUCAAAUGAUUAUUUUGAAAACGAGCAUCAUAAAUGAGGAAAACAAGCUAAUAAUUAAGGCUAUGGAAUUAAUACUGAAUAGAAAGACAGUUGUAUGAAACCAAGUCGGUGCCCAACAAGAAUCCAAUAGCAAAUUUAGUGUUGAAACUGGACAAUUUUGCACUCCAUGUGGGAAUGAAAAACAAGCUUGUGAUUGCUGUGUUUAGAUCUGAAGCUAUUCACUAAUAUUCUAGUAGAAAAUAAAUUGUAUUGAAAUAGAAGACCUGGUUUACAAUAUUGAACCAACAGAAGAAAUUCUGGAAAUAAUGGCAUUUAUUAGAAUUUAGAAUAUCAGGAAUGGCAUCAAGAAUAUGAGAAGAUAACGGAACUAUUUUUAAAAAUGAUUUGGAGGAAAGUAUUUU